AUGAUCGCAGACGGUUCCCCGUCUGCGGCUGUGAUCGGAGACCAUUGUGGCUGGAUUCAGGAUGAGUUCGACAACAACGUUGAAGGAUUCUGCUGUCGUCGUUGCGAACAUGCGUACCUGUCUCAGCUCCUGAGCGCUGGUGACCAGUUGGAGAAUACGGUCCUGCGCUUUCCUGCGUGCACGGGUGCUGUCACGGAUAUGGAGACUGUCACUCCUGGCCGUGCAGCGCAGUUGCGCAUGGUUAUGGACAAGCAAUACUACGCAAGCAGUAGCUGGGAAGCCAUCUCAAGCAGAGGCAAUGAUGUCAUAUAUUUCGAUUCACACUCUCUGUUUGAAGGCGAUCGGUCCUGCCAGCCCGGAAAUGGCUAUCGCUAUUCGUGGUUUUUGGUUCCCAUGAGGGCCGACGCCCUGGACGACGGCACAGUCGUCCCCACGACGCAGCCUCUUUCAACUGGAGAGGGGGUGAUAGACCUGAGGACCUACUGGAAGACGUGCCAGCUAACGGGCUCGGACCCGUGGAUUGACCUCAUCUGUGACUACUCUAUCGCCAUGCGCAGUGGGACUCUUCCUGACUUUGGCACGUCGGGCCUUUACGGGCCCUCCCCCAGUACUACCAUGGUGGUCCGAGGGAUUUUUGAAAGGCCAUGCGCCCAAAGACGAUGGGUCACAAUGCCAUUUCAAAGGGUAUCUACAGCCUUCUUAGUACAUUUGCUCCUUGAUGUCUCUAAGAAGCAAGGAAUGGAAUGCUUGAAGUAUAGUUUAUAA